AUGAGCGAUUUAGAAAUUGAUGAUUCUAGAAAAUCCAUAAUCUUCAACAACAUCAACAACAGUAACAUCAACAACAACAACAACAACAACAACAACAACAACAACAACAACAACAACAACAACAACAACAACAACAUAGUCGGCAACGUUCAUAAAGGUCUCAUCAGCAGCAACAACAACACUUUUAACAUUGAGGUAGUAAGCAGUGCCAACAACAAUUACAUUCCUACGUUUGGCUAUCACAUCAACAACAACAACCAAAACGCUUACUUCAAUAAAAGUUUAAACCUUCUCAACUGCAAUAACAACGACAUUAACAAAUGCUCAGUUUCCAACGAUACACUCGGUAAAAACUUCAACAACAACAACAACAUCAACACCAACAAAAUUUUUACCAACAAUAACAUCAACAACAUCAACAACAACAACAUCAACAACAACAUCUGCAGCAGCAGCACCAGCAGUGUCAGUAAAUUAAUCAACAACAGCCACACACCUGAUAACAAUAACUCAACCAAAAGUGAGCCAUUUGGUCAACAAAACGCGCUGGUCUCAAGUUACAACAACAACAACAACAACAACAACAACAACAACAACAACAUGUUGAUGAAUGACUGCCCUGACAUCAACAUGGCAGCCAAUAAUAAUGAUGACCAGAGCAAGCACAGAAGAGGUAAAAAACCAGAGUCUACACAAAACUCACAAACAGUUGACACAAACAUAUAUGUAUUUGUAUAUACUGGAAUAACAAUACUCCUAGGACAACAAAUUGACAUGCACAGUUGCACGCAAAAAAGUUGA